UGAAAAAGAAAACACCUCACAAAAGAAAAAAAAAGGAAAAUCCACUUUCCAAAUCCCAUUUUUCUAGAUGCAAUUAUGGGUAUGAAGAGGAAGAUGACGUGGAAAUCGAUGAUCAUUCCGAGCUGUUACACGGCCGUGCACCGCGGUUUAUCGGAAUCAGAGGACGACGAGCGACGGCGACUUUCAAAAAAAGGUUCAUCGCAGCGGCUGUCGCUGUCGGACGCCAGUAAUCCGAGUUCGCCGUUGUCGAUCGACGACUUGUCGAAUUCCCUUGUGGGACCGAAGCUUCAUAUUUUUUCAUUUGCGGAACUUCGAACAAUCACUCACAAUUUCGCUUCCUCCAAUUUGCUCGGUGAAGGUGGGUUCGGUCCGGUUUAUAAAGGGUUCGUCGACAAUAAAAUUAAACCGGGUUUGGAAGCUCAGCCGGUCGCCGUUAAAUUGCUCGACCUCGAUGGAUCUCAAGGACAUAAAGAAUGGCUGGCAGAGAUCAUAAUUUUGGGGCAAAUGAGGCAUCAAAAUUUGGUGAAACUAAUCGGUUAUUGUUGGGAAAAAGAAUACAGACUUUUGGUUUAUGAAUAUAUGGCCAGAGGCAGUCUAGAAAAUCAGCUAUUUAGAAAGUACUCAGCAGCUUUGCCUUGGUCAACGAGGAUGAAGAUUGCUUUAGAAGCAGCCAAAGGCCUUCAAUUUCUUCACGAAGCUGACCCACCAGUUAUAUUUAGAGAUUUCAAAACCUCUAAUAUUCUCUUGGAUUCUGAUUAUACAACAAAACUCUCGGAUCUUGGAUUGGCCAAAGAUGGCGUUGAUUGUGAAGAUCAGCCAGACAUGUCUUGUAUUAUGGGCACACAAGGCUAUGCUGCUCCCGAGUACGUCAAAUAUGGCCAUUUGACGACGAUGAGUGACGUGUACAGCUACGGCGUCGUUUUACUAGAGCUGUUGACAGGAAAGCCAUCAAUGGACCGAAAGACCGGCGAGUUUCUAGUGGAUUGGGCGAAGCCACUUUUAAAGGACUCGAAACGCCUCUGCCGGAUCAUGGACCCAAGGCUCGAGGGUCUAUACUCGGCCGAAGGCGCACGUAAGGCCGCUGCCUUGGCCCAUAGAUGCUUGAACCGCAACCCUAAGCGGCGGCCGCCGGUGACAGAAGUCGUUAACGGUUUGAAGUCUUUGCAAGACUUUAACGACGUGUUCACGGCGCCGUUUGUCUACGUGGUGGAGGACUGCUGUGGGGAAGAGGCGAAGAAGGGGAAAGACGAGAGAGUGUUUGAAGGGAAUGGGCUUGGGCUUGGUGGCUUGGGCCUGGGCUUGAAUUGGAAAAAUUGGAGGCCCAUCUCUGUUUGAUAGUUUUAGAUUGAAAGGGGGAUAAAAUAAAUCCCUGUAAAUUUUAGUUUUUUUUUCAAUUUUUUUUUAACGAACCCUUCUUAUCCACCUUAGUAGAAAUUAUGAGGUGAUGGAAGAAGGUUUUUGGGAAAUGUAUGGAAUACUUGUAGAUAAAAGUGUUAGUGUUAUAUAUAUACAAGUGUAAGUUUGGAUGAAUCCAAACAAUUAAACGAAUGAAAUAACUUAAAGUUCAAAGUUUUUAUACAA